AACAACUUAUUUAAAAAAGAAAACAAUAAAAGUAGAAACAAAGUACACUUAGUAAAAGCUAGGGAAUUUCUCAAUCUAAACGCUUUCUUCCAAAAAUCAUAAGUAAACAGCUCUUCAAUUCAGUCUUGCCACUUCUGCAGAAUUACACAACUUCAGGGCAUCAAGGUCCUAGUACCUGAAUAGAAGUUAAAGAUAGUACAGAAACCGGAACUAAGGGUAGAUGUUUUCCCUACUUUAUGGACUAUGGAAGUACGCGUUCAGCAAGAUGGAGUUUCAUGUUCUUAUUCUUGGAAUAGACAAGUCCGGGAAAACAACAUUACUGGAGAAGUUGAAGUCACAAUACUCAAACUUGGAGGGUCUCCCACCAGAUCGAAUUGUUCCCACUGUAGGACUUAAUAUUGGCCGCAUUGAAGUUUCAAAUACAAAACUUGCUUUCUGGGACCUGGGAGGUCAGCUUGGUCUUCGCUCAAUAUGGGAGAAAUAUUAUGAUGAGGCACAUGCUGUGAUUUAUGUAGUUGAUGCUGCCUGUCCAUCCCGUUUUGAAGAUUCAAAAUCUGCACUUGAAAAGGCUCUGCGGCAUGAAGAUUUGCAAGGAGCUCCAGUGUUGAUACUAGCGAACAAGCAGGAUCUUGAAGAAGCCGCAUCAACUGAUGAACUUGCUCAGUAUUUGGACAUAAAUAAAUUGGACGGGCGAGAUUUUAAAUUUCAAGCUGUUUCAGCUUUUGAUGGAUUGGGAAUAAAAGAGGGUGUAAACUGGCUGGUAGAUGCAAUGGAGAGAAGUAAGAGAACUGAAACUUUGAGGCUUCGUGCCGGAAGCAAUGUUGUCUAGAAGUGAUCAAAUACAACUAGAUCCCACCCUUCAUAUAACUCUGUACAUAAAUCAUGGAUCAACCUUGAUGCUGUGCGACUGGUGCCUGACCUUGAUUGUUCGAAUGGUUUUAUCUUGCAACAAAGUUGUUGUGCACCUUCAACCUUUUAUAAAAACUUGUUAAACCCUUACAACAUUGUUCAAGUAACAUGAAAUAUUUAAACACCAAUUGUUUAAUAUAACUCUUCUAAAGGAAGCCAUUUUGUAGAGUUUUGGACCUUUUGGUGGACGAUUUUGUUUUUGUUGUUGUGGAGAAGAGGGACUUUGCUGUGCUAUUGCAGACUAUGUAAUUUAAGAUUAUCAAAGUGAGAAGUUUCCUUUACUUA